AUGGCCAGCCGCUACUUCCCUGUCUUCGCAGAUCCAAGAAGUUUCGUCUACUCGCCAACCAUGCUGUAUCCCCACCGAGGGUCGGAGCCGGUGAUGCCUGGGUUUCGGCACAUACCCGGGUACGAUCUGAAUCGGGUCCUUGCACCUUCCCAGCCGAACCCGGGUAGCGAAGGGCUCCGGAAUGACCCCCCUCUGCAAAAGCCACCUUAUUCGUACAUCGCCCUCAUCGCCAUGGCCAUUAGAAACGCUCCGGACAAUAAAAUUACUCUGGAUGGAAUUUAUAAGUUCAUUAUGGACAGGUUUCCAUAUUACCAUGACAACAAGCAAGGCUGGCAAAACUCAAUUCGGCAUAAUCUAAGCUUGAAUGAUUGUUUUCAGAAAGUUCCUAGAGAAAAGGGGAAACCUGGGAAAGGAAGCUAUUGGACUCUUAAAGACAAUGGUGAGGAAAUGUUUGAAAAUGGCAACUUCAGACGUAGGAAGCGACGGACAAAAUUAUCCAGUUCAAAGACUAUGAACCCGACUUCAACUUCGGUCGUCGAAUCCUUAAACAGCAAAUCCAACAUAUUAAACUCAUCCUCUAAGUCAGAAAAACGUUUCCACCCAAAAGCAACUUCAAAAAUUCCACCGACAGCAUCCAUACGACCAGGCGUUAUUGUGAGUCAGUCAUCUGCAAAAGACAAAUCUUCGAUAACAGAAAAAAGAGAGACUUCUCCAAUACCAAAAAACGAUGUUUCCAGAUCAAAAUCGAGUUCACCGCUAACGCCGAAAGCUGCAAAUUUCACGAUCGAACGAUUAAUCGGAAAUUCCUCACCGUCAGACGCAAAAAAAAAUCCUUCACCCGAAAACCAGGACAUUUCUGAAACCAGGACUUUUGCCAACAAUGAAUUGUGUUCUAGUCUUUCAUCGCCUUUGGUGUGCCAACAACUCAUGGUGUUGGGCAAGGACAAAUAUUUUUCCACCCACAUGCAGUCUCCAAUCACUUCACAGCCAUCCAUGAUGUACUCUCACAUGAAUCUUUUUAGUGGUAAAAUCAUCCCAUCCUAUCCAUCUGCUGUUGGCUUCACGUGGCCACAGCUACCUGUUUUAACAGGACUGGCGGACAGCAUGAGUGCCCUACAAGGUUCUUUUACGCCAUCUUGGUUCAAUUUCCCACCAAUCGCUGGAAAGUCAUUAUGGACUGGAUCACCAGACCGUAUGUCCCCAUCUGACUGAUGGUAGAAAUACGAUAAAAGAAAUUUAAUUCACAUCAGUUCCGUGAAAUUAUUGAAACGUGUACUCUCAUGUUAAAUGUGAAUGUGUAGCAACUGACUGAAAAUCGAUAAUAAUUUUCUUUACCCAUUCACUUUGGAGGCAUUUUACAAUCUCAGUUGGUUUUGGAGCCAGUAUGAACAUGAACAUGAAUCAUGUCAGUAAUGUGCGAAAUUUUUAAACUCAAAAAUUUCAUGGAAAUUAAGAAAAUCGCAAACAUUGUGAUUGACAUAAUGUCUCAACUCCAUAUCCUUCUUACUAACAUUGCUCUGGUGCUAACUAGAGACAGAAACUGUAAUAAAAGAGAUUAAUGUCGAGAUUUUAAAAAUACAAUUGAUGUUUCUUUUAUAGUACUUAAAGUCAUUCCUAAUGUUUUUGCAUUUUCUAGAAUAUCUGAUGUCUUCUAUUGCUCGAAUAGUUUUAUUUACAAUAUUUCUUGGACUAACUAUCCUGUUUUGAAAUGCCAAAAAACAUUUUGAAAAAAUUCAUCAAGUGCGAUAUCAAACGUUGUCCGUGUGAUAAUCUUGCAUUUUAUCCACUUGGUAAGUUAUAUGUGCAAUAAGGGUGACUUUAAAUCUA